AAGUGCUUUGGCCCAAACAACCUUAGGACAGUCGCUUGACGUGUGCACACCAAGAGGGCAACAUGACGUGCAAUGGUGCCGAGCCUUUGUUGCCACCCAGCCGGAGGGCAAAACCAAGAUGCAUAUUUGGCUACUUGCCUAUAUGGUCGGAGUGUGUACCUCUCAACAGCGACACUGGCUCCGUUGAUAGUGUUCGAGUCACAGCAAACGUGCUGGCUGGCUGUAUCAUCGGAAUCAGGCAAACAUUGACGGGGAUUGUGAGUGCUACUUUGGUGUACACUGGGUCAGAAUACCCUGAAAUCACAGACAUGUUCCCGUUUGGCAUCUCAAUGAUGUGGUAUUCAACCAUGGCGGGGUCAGCAUUCUACGCGGUCUUCGGACGCUUGCAGUACAACACCAAUGCAACCCAAGAAGUGUGCGCCAUUCUGUAUGGGGCAAUGGCGCAGAACGCAGCAGUGACUUUGCGCAAGGUCGGCAGGGCUGAUCAAAUCCAGCCGACCAUUCUUGCGUUGAUCGUGUCAAGCACAAUGCUGACAGGCAUUUGCAGUGUGUUGUUAGGUAAACUUGGUGUUGGCAAGUUGAUGCUUCGAUUUCCAACUCCAGUCACCAGUGGCUUUCUGGGCACCAUUGGUUUCUUCCUUGUGCGAACAGCUUUGCAAGUCUCCUCUGGAGUGCAGUUUGUUAACUUCUAUCCAGUCGACUUUGGUGCCUUCUUCAGUAUGCACAGCUUGGCUCCAGUGAUAUGCUUGAUGGUAAUGGUGGCAUUAAUUCGAAAUGGCCCUUCAGCCAUUGCAAAAGCAUUUCCGAACAGCAAACUCUUGAAACUCUCCGGGCUUUUCUGCCAACUUUGCCCUUUGGGACUUUUCUAUAUCGUCGUGUGUUUGGGUGGCUUUUCGAUGGGAACUCUGAGCAAGAACGGUUGGACAUACCCAACCCAAGCCAGUCGAUCGUUUGCAAGCCUUUGGACCACAUAUGACCUCAGGGAUGCAGAUGUAACUGUGCUACUCUCAAACUUUCCCUCCAUGCUUAUGUUGGUGAUGAUGUCCGUGCUUUGCACAAUGACGGGGGUUCUGGGCAUCACCGGAAAAUUCCGGAUGGGUCCGGAUGGUGAUCCAGCACCGAUGGAGACAGUAGACUUCGAUGCAGAACUUACCACCGUGGGCUUCGCAAGUAUUUUUGCCGCGUUGUCCAACGGUGUUGUCACUUUCCACCGGUUGGGAAGUUCUAUCCAGCUUCGGAUGGAUGGAGGAACGCACAGGCUAGCAGUCCUGACUUCAUCUUGCUUUGUCGGCACGUUCUUCUUCACCAGCCUGCCACUUGGCCACUAUAUUCCAAAGUUCUUCUUGGGUGGCCUUUUCAUGGGGAGUGGUGUGAGCUUUCUGGAGAGCGCAUUUCUCUCCUACCGCAGUUUGCCACCUCAGAAAUUCAUGGGUUACCGCCUUCCUUCUCCGCAGUACUGGGUGACUGUUGCAUGCAUUCUGGUCGCCACAUUCUCAUCUCCGUUCCAUGGGAUCGGAGCAGGUUUAGUCCUAAGUCUGGUGAUUUUCCUAUGGGAUAGUGCGCAAUCAUCGCCAGUGGCCAGCAUGUCGACUGGGAGCCACACUGUGAGCCGCACAUUUCGGCCAUUCUGGGAGUUGGAAGCUUUAUGUCAGCAUGGUCACAGGAUUCUGCUCUUCUAUUUGCAGGGGCAGCUCUUCUUUGGUUCAGGCCAGACUUUGGCUUCCAGCUUGGUCGAAGCAAUUGAGCAAGACCUCCUGGGUGGAGCAGUGUCGGAGAGGAUGUCGGAAUAUUGUAUCUUAAGCUUUGGAAAAGUCACCAGCAUCGAUGCCUCGGCUGCUGAACAGUUGCGGAUGGCCGUCAAGCGAGUCUCCGAACAUGGCUGCAAGGUGAUUUUCUGCCGCAUGAACUCACAGGUGUUCGAUGCCCUCUCUACCCUGAAGGUGGUCACAGCGCCCGAUGUGGAUCUUCGUCAGCUUCUAGGCUUGCAAACAAAAGGGCCCAGCGAUGUCGUUGGAGAGGACUCCAACAGGCUGACAGACGCUAGUGAAGUUGGUGACGCAUCUCCGCCAACGCUAUCAAGAACUUUGAGUUGUUGGGGUGAAGGCCAGCCCUUUAAGAGUUCUAUUUAUGAGGACUACGAUGCCUUCGAUGAUGUGACAGAUGCAUUGGACUACACAGGUGAUCGGCUUCUUGAAAAGUAUCUUUACCAGUCGUCUUUGAAGGGCUACAUGCUUGAGUACCGCAACGCCUGCAGCACCGGGGCACGCUUGGCAAACGAAGCGUUUGAGGCCAUGAACCUUCUCCCAGAAGGCUUCUUGACCCAAAUCCAACCAUUCUGUGCCAUUCAGAUGGGCUUGGCGAGUGGGCAGCGUCUUGCAGAGGAUGAUGCUUUCUGCUUCGUGUUUCAAGGUGCAAUUGCGGUUGUGAACGAACUGUCCGACCAAAAGCAAACAAGCCAAGGGGUGAGCAUCAAAGGCUUCCAGGGUCGCAGACAGAAGCGCCUGAGGAAGAGAUACCCGCCAGGAAGCAUAGUUGGAAAGCAUGAGUUUGUACUCAACAGUUGGCAGCGACUUUGCGACACGGGCACGACCACAAGCCGAGUAGUGUCAAGCCUCUCUUCUCACUGACUUCUGUGGAGUCGAUGUUUUGUGAUGCAACACAAGUCAUUGAAAUGCUCCUGCUGUCAGUGGAUUUAUGUAAGAUAUAUAACAGAGCACUUUCUGAAUUCGGCAUUGUUGUCAAUGCCGUAGUUUUAACAAGUCGAGAGGCGAGUGUAUGACAUACCGGGGGUUACAUGUUUUGUUACUUACCUUUUGCUUGACUCAUGUUUCCUGAGUCAAGUGUUCUUUGUUACACCACCUUUGGUAGAAGGCAGUCCCUUCUUGAGGCAAGUUUGGCCACAUGACGGAAGUCUGGACACUGACAAGGUCAUCCUGGAAGUCCCUUGGAAAGGACCUGUCCUUGGUCCUGCAGGACCUGUCGCUCAGGCAACUGGCAGAGGAGAAACAGCACUCCUUGAUGAGUGACAACUGAGAGGCACUUGUGCUUUCCUCACGUUCCGUCGGCGUGGCAGGGACAGAGACUUUCACAAGUUG